AGAGGGAGAGAGGGAAAAAAAAAAAGAAAAGGCUUUCUGGCAGCGUUCGUUGGCUCCAGAAACCAAUCAAGGGGAUACUACACUCGAGACAUCAAUUGAACGUCUGACAAAAAAAGCAGUCAAUCUAUCACCGGCGACCUUCGGAGAAUCAUUGGAUUUGACAACAAAUGUUUUGACAACAUGGAAGAUUUCAGUAUCGAUCAGAAAAAACUGCCUGGCGUCAAACAGGUGUGUCGAGACUUUGCUGUGCUAGAGGACCACUGCCUGGCCCACAACCUUCAAGAGCAAGAAAUUGAGAGCCACCUUGCCUCCAAUGUCCACAAGAGCAAGCUGGUGCAGCAGGACCUUCGGGUGGCCAAGCGUCUGCAGGAAGAGGAGGAGCUGCGUGCCAAGGCCCAGAGCCGGAGGCAGCACAAAGACAUUGAACGCAUUGACAGUGAAAUCGCUCAAGAGAUUCAGGAACAACUGGUCUGGCAGGCUGAGCAGCAGCGGCAGCAGGAGGAGAAGGAUGAGGCCAUUGCUCGUAAGAUGCAGGAGAGAGAAAUGAAGGAGGAGAGGAAGAGGCAGAAGCACCUGGAGGCGAACUUUGAGGAGCAGUACUAUGAAGACAGAGGAGUUUACCGACACUCUCCAGACCCACGCAUGCAGCACCCCGGCUCUGAUUCGCCAGUGUCCAGCAGGGAAAGGCACCAUGAUCGAGGUCGGUCACCAGAUCACCGGUCUCCAGCACUGGACCAAAAAAGACGACCGGACAGAUACGCUGAAUAUUACCCUGCAGAAACUGGUCGGUCAAGAGCCCCAGAGAAUUAUAACUCUGAAGGUACCAGAGGUAGACAUGAUGGAAAGGGCAGACGGCCUGAACACCACACCUCAGAGGGUAGGACUAAGUACCCUGACGAAUACUUGUCUGAAAGAAACAGGCACAUUGAAGCAGAAUAUACUGAACAUCGAAGAGACAAGAAAAACCAGACCCAGGACCAGUGGGCCGAACCUUGUUAUGACCAGGAACCCAUGGUGCCCCUGAAAGAGAGACCUUACAGGGAUGACCUAGUUGACAGGGACAAGGCCUGGGAUAAAGAGAGAGACAAGGCAAGGAGAAGGGACAGAGAUCAAGAAAGGGAAAGGGACCGAAGGAGAAAUAGGGAUAAGGUGCAAUAUCAAGAUAGAGAUAGAAGUCAAGACAGGUCCUUGAAUCUUGACAAUGUUAGAGACCAAUAUUGGUGCACAGAAAUGGAACAGGACAUGGACAGAAAUGGCUGUAGAGCUAAGAGCAGAGACAGAGAAAGAGACAGACAUGGAGCCAAAGAAAGGGACAGGGACAGGGAAAAACAUCGGAGUAGAGACAGAAGCAGAGGGCGAGAACUGGAUGAUGCAAACUUACCUUCAACUAGUAGGGCCUGGUCAGAACAGAGCCUGGAGGAUGCGGACUAUGGAAGCAGGCAGAGGGUCAGCUCUGGCUCUAAUGAUGGGUUUGAGGAGCCCAGUUCCAGAGGUCACUCUGGUGAGCCCAGGUCCCCAGGGCAUCCCUCCAGGGAGAGAGGACGAAUUGUGCGAGGAGAAUAUGGCAUGAAGGAAGCAACGCAAGGUUUGGCACAGAUGGACCUUCGUGAGCAGGAGCUCAAGGACAUGGAGGUGGCACGCAGGCUACAAGAAGAGGAACUGAAAGCAAGUCGGCUUGACAAACGAGCUGCUCAAGUUGCACAAGACGAGGAAAUAGCCCGACGGCUGAUGGAGGAAGAGAAAAGGGAGUUGAAGAGGUCUAGAGAGAAAGAGAAACAGGCAAUGGAGAGACAGCAGAGGGAGAGGCGACCUGAGGGUGACUACAAGCCUGUGCAGGAGGACGUAGUGCGUCCACGAACACGAGAAGAGCACGACUACCAAAGAGCUCGGAAUAAUCCUAAACCAAUCAGACCUCCUCCUCCUCGCAUCCAUAACUAUGAGAAUGUGGACAGUAGUUACGCCUAUUCAGAGAAUUACUCAGCUCGGCCACCUUCCAGACCUGAUGCUGCUUACAAAGGUGCCUACUACAGACAGUGACCCAGGCCUCAGUCGCUGUCCUUUAAUGGUUUGUGCUGUUUUUCUCUUCACUUUUUGAAGACAGCCGUAACCUUCUGACAAAGGGGUGGGUGACAUUCCGAUUUAAAGAGAAAUCACUUUGUUCUCAAAGACUGACCUCUGAUUUUGGCUAGUUACUUAUAUACUUUCACUUUUUUGUUUUUUUAUCUCCCCAUGUUUUUUUUAUUUGUCUGCGUUUAUUUCAUGCUUUAAGAAAUAUUUCCACAUGACAUUGGGACUUAUCACAUGACGCGUCUUUUAUCAUGGACCCAAGAUCUAUUGUACUGUUGUGAAACAGGACUGUUUCUGUUUACGUAUGUGUCUCGUUUUGUUGGGGGCGAAUCACUCCUCUCCUUUCUCUGCAUUGCUACUAAGAGGGUCAUCAGUUUUGUACACUUCCACUGUCCUUUCUCUCACCCACUCACUCUUCUAAAAGAACAAAACUUGGUGACACUUUAUUUUGAGUGGUCCUGUUUAGAUGAAACAAACACUCAGUGGACUCUCAGUAACAUGUCAAAAACAUAUGAGGGUUAGGGUUAGGUUUUGGGUUGAGGUUAAGGUUAGGAUUAGGGCCAGGGUUAGGGUUAAGUUUUAGAUAAGGUUGGUAAGGUUAGGUUUUGCGUAAUGGGAGUAACAUAUUAACAACACAUCUACUUAAUGUAAGUAAAGUAUCAACCGAACAUCUACAACAUAUUUACUUCGAUGUAUUCAGAUGCUUUACUACUGCUACUGUUGUUGUGUUACUGAUACUCUCUUAAGAGUUUAUUAAUCAUCUACAAAGGACCACUCCAAAUAGUGUUAUCCAAAACUUCUUCACUUUUUCUCGCUCCCUUUUAAGACCUUGUCCCCUUUUAGUGAAACACAUUUCUGUGAAGUUAAGGAGAAAAACAUGAAUGGGGUCUUUCUGUAUGUUUAUUGACUUGACCCGAGGUCUCCUUUUUUACUGUUCUCCAAUAACCAUGAAGUUAUCCCACCUUUAAACUAAUGGGAAGCCCAGUAUAUUGUCUUCACUCUGAUUAAUGAAGGAAGAAAGGACAUUUGGGUCACUUUAAGCUCUGUACUUGAGCUCUUGAUGCUUAAAAUUAGCCAUCAUUCUACAUCAAGCUCAAACUCAGGAGAAAUGUUUAGUCACGCUCUCCAAUGCACAAGAGUAAAGAACACAAGCCUGAGGUUUGAAAACAACUUUUAUUGCAGCAGUGCACUCAUAGUUCUGCUUAAGAGUUUGGAAUCAGCGUUUUCAGUUAUAUAAUACUAGUUCUUCUACAGAUACACUUGUAAAAUGAUUUUGAUGUUGGGAAUACUAUGCAGUUUUAUAGAGUCUGAUUCAUUUUUAGACCCAGAAUGAUGAGGACACAGUAAAUGGUUCCAAAAUGACUGAGAAAGCUGUACAGCAUUGUGGAGUGUUAUAAUACCGUUAAAUCCAUGAUGCCUCUUAUUUAAAAUUACUAUAAAAAGUACACUCUCUCUCUCUCUCUCUCUCUCUCUAUAUAUAUAUAUAUAUAUAUAUAUAUAUAUAUACACAGUUGAUUCCAAAUUUUUGAGCUAUAGUAUAUAAUAUCUCUUUGAGUGCAUGCUGACUGAAGGUAGAGUGCCCAGUGUUAAAUUUCAUUUUAAUUUCUCUGCUUACAGCCAAUGAUCACACAUCACAGCUUUUCUUUAUUGUUUUUCUUUAUUUAUUUUUAAUUUAUUGUUAGUAUAAUUGUAAUAAAAAAAAAACAAAGAAUGAAGUAUAAAAUCACAUAUAUUCAAGUCGUAAUUUAUUUUGGGACAUUACAUUGGUGUGCACAACCCAGUACAAAUGAGUCUAAUACUGCAAAAAGACAAACAGAACUCAUUUUCAUGGCCAUUAAAAUGUCUCUCUGCUUGCUGUUUUGGAUGCAAACUUGCCUUGAAUUGGGCGCGCUGAAUAUGCCUGUAAAGACGAAUGCAACAAAUGGACAGAAAAGGAGCAAAUGUUUAUCGCUCCUCAAGCGUUUUUUUUUUUCCCAAGGCAUCUUCAUGAUCACAUUGCUACAUUCCAGAAUUGUCUCAGUCAUACACGGUUUAAAGGGAUUAUGCGCCUCUGCAUCUAUAAAUAGGGAUCCACCCACACUCUGCAUUGGACAAAUGGGACAUGAUUGUGUGGACUAUAUGUAGCUUCCUGUACUGAAAGACGAGCAUCAGUUAACUCUACUUUGGUAUCAUUAGUGCCUAUACUAGACCAAUGUUCAAUGGCCAGUACUGUAUGCCUCCAUUAUACAUUCAUACAGAGACAAACACACUCGUCUGUCUUGGUGAACUGACAUCUGAAUGGCAUGAUUUUUAAAAAAAUAGAGAAGUGGAAGGGAAGUAUUGCCAAGUUGCUGUGCUUAAUGUUCUUGAGUAUUAUUCAACAGAUUUUUCUCGUUGAACUGUAUCGAAUCGGCAAUUAUGUAUAUUUCAGUGAUGAUUCUACAUAUUAAGAUGGUCAAGGUGACUAGCUGAGAAGAUUCUUGUCUGCUCUUUUCUUUCUCUGUCAGGAUGCUGGUGCAGUAAUGUAUUGCACUCUGGAAUUUGAUACAGAUAUGUGUUUAAAUUAUGAACGUAAUUGGCUGUUCGGGCCCUGUGCCAAAUGAUCUACUUUCAGGGACAAAAGUGUUGCUGUAAAAAAAACUUCCAAGUACUGUCAGCAUCUCAUAUCGUCUGGUUUACAAACACAUUUUCUACACGGCUACAACAAAAAGGGCAAAUCAGCCCCGUGUGCGUAUGUAUGCGUGUGUGUGACAGUACAGUUCAUGCUCGAAGUGAGGACGUCGCACCCAUAUUACCCGUUUGUUCUGCAGUCAGCUGCUGUAUAUGUCUUGUGACCUACCAUGAGUGUUUGUAUCUUGUACAUUCUUUCAUAGCUUCCACUGGCCAAUUGAGUAUCAUUUAUGUAAAUAUCAAAUAAAUAACUUUUAAAUAACA